AUGAUUUUGUGGGAAAUAUUGAAGAGUGAAGACAUUAAAGAUGCCUGUGAAUUUGUCCAGACCACCACCAGCUGUAAUGGUGUGGUGAGCCUUAUAAAUUAUCUAUAUUUAUUCGAAUGUGUCCUGCAAUGGCAUACACCAUGGCUGUCCUUGACAUUGGCUGUAACGAUUUUGCUGCUAUACGCUUUGAGUCUCUAUGUUAAUGCUAGAUAUUUCCUCCUCCCCAACUCCAUUGCCUUGGCCAAUUACUUGCACAUCCCCAAUUACGAUUUUGGUUGCAUUGUCUUGGGUAUCCUCUUCACUCUACCAUAUGGCCUUUCCAUGAUCUACAGUUGUUUUGAAUAUAAUCGUUCGGAUUCUUUGCUACAUGCCAUGACAUUUGGUAAAAUAUUUACCUGUUGGGUCAUUGGGUUAUGUCUCCUCUCCUAUCGUGGUGGAUUUCGAAUCAAUGCCACGAUAUUUUUACGUGACAUGUUCUUCCUUACUGUGGCCUGGUUAUAUUUAUAUGCCGCGGUCCAAAAUGAAAUGUUAAAUGAAAAUCAAGAGGAAUAUUUGAAAUCGGAAUCAAUGAUCGACAUACAUUCACACAUAAGUAUGGCCCAUCGGAAGAAGCCUCAAAUGCUGAAAAAAGUUAAUUUCCUCUCAAGUAGUUCAGAGUCCUUAGAGAGUGAUUGCUAUCCCGAAUCACUAUACAAUCCAGUGGAUCUGAAUGUCAAGCCGUGGCAGCAAUUUUGGAAUUGCAUAAAUCCCAUUAGGGCCUUGAGUUCCCAUUCCCUUCCAAUUAAAAUCGUAAUGAGCCAUUUUUAUGUCCUGUUGGCCUUGGUUAUCCCAGUGGUACAUAACGAACGUCCAUUAAAUGGUUGGUGUAAAGCCAUCUUCGGCUGUAGUUGUCUGAUAUUUCCCCUACUAUUGGUCACCUUGGAUUUGGAUUCCUAUACCCUGUUUUCAUGCUUCAUAUUGGGAAUAUGUGCCCUUUUGCUGAUAAUUGUUUUGACACACUCGCAAAGGAUACCAACAAAUCAUGAG